AUGGUUCUUAAUGUCAGCCAACGGGGCUUUCAGCGGCGGCUUGCUGUGGUUGAGCAAAUCCUGCAAAGCCAUGACCUCCGGGCUUUGAAUAUCUCGACUCUGGCAUACAGUGAAGAAUACCUGUACCCAUUCAAUAACUACUUGUUUAAAGUAGAGCUAGCAACUCCAGCCCUAUCCUCCUCGUUCCCAGGCACUCAGCCUGGCACCACUCAGGCCCCCUCUGAUGGCAUAUCUGUCAUUGUUAUCAAGCUUAGCAACCCAGCGGCCACUGGAAUUAACAAUACCAACCGCGUAGAGAAUGACGUAGCAGUGCAGUAUCUUGUUCGCCAGUCCAUGGCGCAUGCCGGACUCCCCCAGUUAGUCCCAGCUGUUUACGCCUGGAUGCCAACCACAAUCACCAAUGCCGUCAAUGAAAAGAGUUUCGGGUGGAUUAUAUCUGAACUAAGAACUGGUGUUGACUUGGACUCUGAAUUCUCGUCACUCAAGAUGCAGGAUAAGGAGCAGAUCCUGGAGCAGAUGGCUAACGUUCUGAAAGCAAUUCAGACAGUCGAAUUGCCAGAAGGCGCUACAAAAUUUGGCGGGGUUACAUUUGACUCCAAAGGACGAAUUGUGAGCGGACAGGCGCCUCUCCGCGCAGGCGAACCCGUAAAAUCAUAUGCCGAAUGGAGGGUUAGCAAACUACGGGGGCAACUCCAAGAAGUCGCCCAGAGCCCGGUGAUUCAGGGCUGGAAGCAUAAUGGUGUAGACACGAGGAUUGAAAAGUUUCUUGCCGCUAAUGGCCCUGGAAAAAUUCUCAGUGAUGUCGAUCUGCAUCAAAAGAACUUGAUACACGGAGACUUCAAGACGAACAAUAUGCUAUUCGACAAGGAUACUAAGAAAUUAACAGCUAUCCUGGACUUUGACUGGUCUUACAUCUCCAACCCUCUUGACGAGUUCAUGUGCAGCCUUCAAGACGUCGGUGGGAAUAUACGCCAAGAGGGUAAGGAGAUCGAGGCGGCAAUCCUCUCUGGAGACUUUACAUGGCCACCCCCUAACCUAGAUAAGGAAUCCGUCGAGCAGUGGCAAGUUGCCAAGGCGUGGAGUACGGCAAUGAAGAAGUGUGGGGUGGUGUCUCCCUGUAACAUUCGUGGUGUGGACGAGAUCCGCGAUCUCCUCCACUUGCAAGCACUACUUUGUCCAUAUAACCUUGGCAACGAAUCUAUGCUCAAGCAGUUUGACGAUAAGAAACGAGCAGAGAUGCGGGCAAAGACGGAAGCGGAAUUGAUACAGUGGCUAGAGAAGCAUGGUUUUUAG